AUGGCCGAGCCAAUCCCCGAUAGCCUGCGACAGGCCGAUAUCACGAGAUUCAUCAAUCGCGCAAACCAGCUGCGCCAAUAUAAGCCGGUCAUCACCUACUGGUGCGAGUACUGGGUGGUUAAUCAGAUCCUUGCGAAGGGACUGCACAAUGUCGAUGAUGAGAGCCUCUCGUACACAACCAACUUGAUGGACCGUCUCGAACAGGUGCUGUACCAGACCAAAACCGAGAACGCUCAGGAAGAGGCCAUCACAGACGAUGCGGUCGGUCAGGCAUAUGUUGAGCAAUUCGCGCAGGAUGCUUUCGAGAGGGCAGAGAAGGUUCUCAGAGCAAACCGGGUCACAAGGCAAACCGCCGAUACGUACGAUGCGGCCGCGACUUUUCUCUUGCUGGGCAACAUUUGGGGUCCUGUGGAUGAGGAAACACAAAAGAAGGUCAAAUACGCAAAGUGGAACGCUGCUCGCAUACUCAAGGCUAUCAAGGAGGGAAAGGAUCCGAAUGAGUCGAACCCUAAGCAGGAGGAACCGGAGGAAGAUCUGCCUGCUUUAGAUCCCAACGACCCCGACGUCCGCGGUCUCACGUCCCCUCCCCCGAAGCCGGUUUCUGUCGAGGAUGACCCAGAGACCGAGUUUUACAAAAAGGCACCUACGCCGGCAGAGUCUAUACCGCCCGCUGCGCCGAGCGAACCCGUCCCCACCCAGUCUAAUAUCCUCGAUCUGCCCUCGGUCCCGACAGCAAACGACCUGAACCCUCCUACGCCCCAGAACCAGGGCUAUUUCGACCCUCCCGAACAGUUCCCGCCGUCACCUCUCAGUCAGACGGGCACAAGCGACGCGGCUCUCACGGGAAAUGCCGCAUCAGCACCGUCGCCCUAUGCUGCAUCCUCAACGGGUCCAUCUUUCAGUCCAUCCAAUGCAGCAUCGCCGUGGCAACCGCCUCAAAUGCCUCCUUCGAAUGUCACCAAAUCACCUCCGCCGCCAGCCCCCAAGCAGUUCAAGCCCCCGCCGAUCGCGCAACAGCCCAAAGUCCCCAUGUUUCCCGCCUCGCACAAUUCAUGGGCCCCGAGCAGUGCGCCGUCGGACGAGAUGGACUUGCCCAAGGCACAGAAGCACGCAAAGUGGGCGAUAUCUGCACUGAACUUUGAAGACGUACCGACGGCCGUCAAGGAGCUCCGCAACGCGCUUGCGGCGUUGGGUGCGCAGUAA